AUGACAGAUGAAUAUAAUGCUCUUCUCAACAAUAACACAUGGAAACUUGUUCCCCUACCACCAGACAGAACUCUCAUUGGCUGCAAAUGGAUUUUUCGCACCAAGUACAAUCCAGAUGGUUCAAUUCUUAAAUACAAGGCUAGGUUAGUAGCCAAGGGGUUUCACCAACAAGAGGGUUUUGACUAUCACGAAACUUUCAGUCCUGUAGUCAAACCAGUCACCAUUCAGAUCAUCAUCUCUGUUGCCCUCUCCAAAGGAUGGCCCAUACACCAACUAGAUGUCAACAACGCCUUUAUCAAUGGUGAUUUACACGAAGAAGUCUUCUUGCAACAACCACCAGGAUUUUUUCACACGGACAAAACUCUGGUGUCACCUAACAAAGGCCCUAUAUGGACUCAAACAGGUUCAUCCUCACAAGUGAUUACAAACAUCAUUCAGUCUCUCCACACCACAUUUGCCCUCAAAGACCUCGGUCAACUACACUACUUCCUAGGAAUUGAGGCCACUAAAACCACUACAGGAGGAUACCAUCUUCAUCAAACCAAAUAUAUACAAGAUCUUAUACAGAGAGCAAAAAUGGAAAACUGCAAACCUGUUCCUUCUCCCAUGGCCUUCAGCAUAAAACUCACCUCCACAGAUGGAUCCACACAUCCUGACCCCACACAGUAUCGCUCCAUAGUAGGAGCCCUCCAAUAUGCCACCAUAACUCGCCCCGAUAUCACCUUUAGCGUCAACAAGGUCUGUCAAUACAUGCACCACCCCCUGGACACUCACUGGAAGGCUGUAAAACGUAUUCUCCGAUAUCUCAACGGCACCACCUCGCAUGGCCUCACCAUUCAUCCAUUAGAAAAUUUUCACCUCACCGCGUACUGUGACUCUGAUUGGGCCUCCGAUCUUGAUGACAGACGAUCAACAAGCGGCAUCUGUAUUUUCUUUGGCUCCAAUCUCGUCAACUGGUCCUCGAAAAAGCAAACGGUGGUCAGUCGAUUAAGCACCGAAGCGGAAUAUCGCUCUCUAGCAUCUACGAUUACAGAACUUUCAUGGACAAAAUCACUGCUUUCAGAAAUUCAAGUUCCUCUUCCGCGAUCCCCAACCAUUUAUUGUGAUAAUCUCUCCACGGUUCAACUAUCAGCCAACCCUGUGUUUCUCUCACGCACGAAGCAUUUUGACCUAGAUCUAUAUUUCGUCCGUGAACAGGUGGUCAGCAAGGCAGUCUCGGUUCAUCACAUCCCUGUGGUGGACUAA